UCAACAUGUCCCACCUUAUUUAAUGGCUUUUCUCAGUUUUAAGAGUAGUGUUGUGGUGGAAGCGGCCCACGGUACUACAAUCCCCGCACACCCCCACUGUCUUUUAUUCUCCUUGCUACGCAGCUAAAACAAUCGAAACCUCAAAACUUCUCUCUCUCUCUCAUAUGGAGGAGGCUAUGGAGAGAGAUCAACCGCUAACCCCCGCCGGCCGCCUCUUCCUGCAGCCGCUAAUGAACCAAGUUAUUAAUUGCGCCGUCGUUGUCGAGUUUCCGUUCGACGAUGUCGAAGCUUUUAAAGCUGAACUUCGAAGCUCAAUAUUGCUCCAGCACCCCAGAUUUUGCAGUCUCAUGGUGACAGACUCCUUCGGCCGCGAACACUGGCGCAAGACCCAAGUCGACGUUGACCGCCACGUCAUUGUCCGCCACCAACCCCUUUCCGACGAUAUUCAUAUCUCCGACGACGACGCCGUUAACGAUUUUGUAGCUGAUCUAUCCGUCUCCUCGCCCCUCCCCACUGACAAACCUCUCUGGGAGAUUCACCUACUCCUGGCGCAUAAAACCGUGCUUUUCCGAGUGCACCACGCGCUCGGGGACGGGAUUUCGUUAAUGUCGAUGCUGCUAUCGUGUUGCAGAAGAGUUGAUGAUCCGUCGCAACCGCCUACUAUUGGUGGCGUCGGUGCGGCCUCGUCCUCGCCGAGGAGGAGGGCGUGGAGUGUGUCGACGUUGGUGAAGGUGGUUUGGUAUACUUUAAUUUAUAUUCUGGAGUUCUCACUGAGGGCACUGUGUCUGAGGGAUAAGACCACAGCCGUGAGCGGCGGCGACGGGGUGGAGCUCUGGCCACGGAGGCUGGCCUCGGCGAGAUUCCGGCUCGACGAUAUGAAGAUAGUCAAGCGAGCAGUUGCAGACGCGACCAUAAAUGAUGUUCUUUUUGGGGUAAUCUCAUGCGGGCUCUCGAGGUACUUGGACAUCAAAUCCCCGAAAGGUAAAGCUAUGCCGGAGGGGCUCCGGAUCACUGGUGUUGCCAUGGUGAAUUUGAGACCACAAGCAGGACUGCAGGAAAUAUGGAAGCUGAUAAAUAGCAAGUCCGGAAGCCGUUGGGGCAACAAAUUCGGGAUGCUUCUCUUACCUGUUUAUUAUCAUAGCGGUGGUUCGGAUCCACUCCAGUUUGUGAAGAGAGCCAAGACGAUGAUCGACAAGAAAAAGCUUUCACUUGAGGCCCCUUUCUCGUACAAAGUCGGGGACUUAGUCAUGUCCCUUUUCGGGCCAAAGCUUGCUAGCAUUCUCAAUUACCGGAUAGUUUGUAAUACAACCUUCACUAUAUCGAAUGUCGUUGGCCCCCGUGAGGAGAUCUCAAUGGCAGGCAACCCUGUAAAGAACAUUAGGACAACUUCAAGCAGCCUACCACAUGCACUCACAAUGCACAUGGUGAGUUAUGCAGGAGUCGCCGACCUGCAGAUCCUUGUGGCCAAAGACAUAAUCCCCGACCCAAAAGUUCUAGCCGACUGUUUCCAAAAUGCCUUGCUUGAAAUGAAGGAAGCCGCAGAGGCCGCCACCAAAUCGUGAGCUUACUUACUGCAAUACCAGAAUAUUCCGCAGAUAAAUAAUGUCUUUCUCCGUGCAUACCAGAAAACAUGUUGCUAUAUAUUACAAGAAAAAUUCUUACUCAAAUCACAUAAGGUCAAACCAAAUCAAUUAUAUUGCAAGUGUGAUAUAAUUGGCACGUGAUUGAUCACUAUUCUUAAACUGUACAUCAAUCACAUCAUAAAUGUAUUAAACUUGGUAUAUAAUUUGUUCAAAUUUAAUCAAA